AUGAACAACACCUCGUCAUCACAACAACCAAAAAAUCAAACAAAUAUCAAUAUUGGUGCUAGUAGUAAUAAUAGUACAAGUAAUAAUGGAUCAACAACACCAAGAGUUCAAAUAGCUAAAUUAAAUUUAAAUCAAAUACAAAAUCCUUAUCAUAAUUGUAGUAUUAAUAUAUUAAAUAAUAGCAAUAACAACAUUAGAAAUAGUAUUGAAAGUAAUACAACUAGUAGUAUUACAUCUGGUCAUUUAAAGAGUAUAGAAGAAAACAAAGAACAACGAUCACCAUUAUUCACGAGAAAGAACUUUUUCAAUGUUGGAGCAGAGAGUCCAACAACAACUACAACAACAACAACGCCAUUAUCAGAAUCACCAUUUACAACUACCAAUAUCAUUACACCUUUAAAUUCUUCAUCGACAUUAAUAUCUUCAUCAUCUGCAUCAUCAUGUAUAAAUAACUACGAACAACAACAACAACAACAAAUAUGUAACAAUAAUAAUAAUAGAGUGGGAGUACCAUUUACACAAGAAUUUGAAUCUAUCAAUUUACAAAACAAUCAUGGUAAUUUAUCAAUAUUGGAAUCAUCAAUUGAUUCUCCUUCGUCGUCGAGGAUUAGUCGAUUAAGAAAGGGUAGUUUACCUUUACCUUCAUUACAUUCUUAUCGUGAACAAAAGAUAAAGGGUGCCGAAGAGAUGGGAUUGACCAAAAAAGAGGUUGCAUUGCAACAAAGAAACGCUCGUCAUUUUUGGGGUACCAUGUUGAUACCGGGACUCGAUAUCCUCAAAAGCGAUUUACUACAGGUCAAGGAGGAAAGUGACAGUCGAUUGUUAUUGUUUAUUGCCGAUCUUCGACGACAAUUACGGUCACCCGACAACUCUCAACGCGAAAAGGAUCUCUUGGUCGAACUCUUGGGUGUUGCCAAUAGUUUUCUGGCACUCAAACCCAACCAAAUCGAAUGUGGAAAAUACGCAGAGGAUCUCCUCAGAAAAUUAAACGAAAAGGAUUUACAAGGCAAGAUUAGGGAUUCCGUAGUAAACCUUUUAUUUAUUAUUUCAAACUUUGGUAGAAUUCAAGAAUUACUUGCUAUUGAAACUGAAAAAAAUCAAGAUUCAGCAACAACAACAAUGGAAAAGGAUGAUUUAUCUUUAAACUUUAAAGGAUUAAUGAAUCCAUUGGCAACUCCACCAGCAUCACCACCAGCACCUUUUUGUUCACCAAGAAGUAAUUUAAAUCCAAAUCAAUCAACCAUGUCACAAAUAUUACCACCAUCAAUUCAACAACCAAAACAACAACAACAAGAAAGAUUACUUCCACCAAAUUAUUCUCCCAAUAUCAAUACUCCAGUUCAAUUUAACAAGAAUCAUUUUAGAACUUUAUCUUAUUCACCAAAAUGUCAAAGUCCUCCAUUUGAAAGUGAUGAUGAUGAAGAAGAUACUACUACUACUACCACUACUAGUAGUGAUCAAUCUGCAACUAAUGGUAGUGGUAUUGAUUCGAGUAGUAAUUCAGAUAGUGGAAAUCUAAAAAAACGAAUUGAAUUGAAACGUCCAUCUCCACUUUCUCAAUCUACUCUUAAUCAACCUAUUAUUCAACCACCAUUAUUAUCAAGAAGAAUCGUUGAUCUUAUUUCUUCAAAUAAAGGUAAACAACAUUCAAAUCAACAACAACAACAACAAAUUACAAAUCAACAACAUUCAAUUAAAGAAGAAGAUUUUAUUCCAGGUCCAUUAUCACCAGAGAUUUCAUCAGAGAAACAACAACGGGAAAAGGAAUUUUCAUCAAUACCAUCAAUUACUGAACAACCAAGAAUAUUGGAUCAAAGUCAUUUUUUGGAGGAAAUGGAUACUUUUUCAACUUCUGAAGAUGAAGAAGAAGAAAAUGAAGAAAUUGAAGAAUCUUAUCUUUCUUCAUCUGAUGAAGAUAGUGAUGAAGAGGAUAGUGAUGAUGAACGAGAAGAAGAAGAAAACGAGAACGAGAAUCUGCUGCCAGCAGACGAUAAAAAAUCGUCAACCAAUCAAAUGAUCAUACCACCACCAUUGAAAAAAUCUUUAACUAAUCCUAGACUCGACAAUUUGAAAUCAAUGACUACUACUAUAACUGAUCCAAUAACUAAAAGACAAUUGGUUAGAUCAAAAAGUUUUAGUCCAAAUAAAUUUAAAGAUUCAAAAAAACAAACGAUUGGUAGAAGAAAGUUGACAAGAUCAUUUUCCGAGAUUCCAUCGAUCAAAGUAUUGGAAACAGAUGUAGAAAAACAAAUGGUUAUGUGUAGAAUAUGUGAAGAGAAAAUCAAUUCCUCACUACUCGAAGAACAUUCUAAAUUUUGUGCAAUGGCAAAUCAAGAAGAUAUGAAAGCAAUGAAUGUUGAAGAUCAAUUAAGAGCUAUUGCAAAAAUAUUAUUAACAAGAAGUACCAAUUUACCAUUAGAAAAAAGAAAACAAUUACAAGAAUUUAGAGAAAUUGCUCAACAAGCUGUUGAACUUGGUAUGAGAGAUUGUUUUAAAAUGAUUAUAGUUAUUAAAGAAAAAUUAAAAAGAAUGGAUCCAAAUGAUGAUAAUAUUCCUUUAGCUAAAAAAAUUGAAUUAUUGAUUAAUGAAAAAAUUAAUGCACUUAGAACAGCAGAAGAAGUAAUUAAUUCAAGUCCAAGAAUAUUUAGAACAAGUUAUCCUAGAGUAUUGAUAUCACCAAGAAAUGCAGAUAUACCCAAUUUUUGUGAUUUUAAAUUGGCCACUGCAGCUGGUAGAAAUCGAUCAGAUUCUGAUCCAACUCAAACCAGACAAAGUCUAUUGGAUAUUAGUAAUUCAAGACCAAAAGGAAUUCCGACAAUUGAUGAUUUUCAAAUCAUUAAACCAAUUACAAAAGGAGGAUUUGGAAAGGUGUAUUUGGCCAAAAAGAAAAGAACUGGUGACAUUUAUGCAAUCAAGAGAUUAAAGAAAUCAGAUAUGGUUAAAAAGAAUCAAGUCAAUCAUGUAAAGAUUGAACGUGAUAUUUUGGCUCAUACAAGUAAUCCCUAUGUCGUAAAGAUGUAUUAUUCAUUUCAAUCACGAGAUUAUUUGUACUUGGUCAUGGAAUAUGUUCAUGGUGGUGAUUGUUUUUCAUUGUUGCAAAACUUGGGUGCACUCGAAGAAGAUAUGGCAAAAAUGAUUAUAGCAGAAACUGUAUUGGCUUUGGAAUAUCUUCAUUCACUUGGUAUUAUUCAUCGUGACUUGAAACCAGAUAAUCUUUUAAUUGAUAAAAAUGGUCAUAUUAAAUUAACAGAUUUUGGUCUAUCAAAGAUUGGUCUUUUAGAAAGACAAACAGUUGUUCCACCAACUGUUUUUAAUAGUGGUGGUAGUAGUAAUAGUCCAAAGUUGGGAUCGAUAAAGAAAGGACCUUUACCAUUAUCAUUGACAAAAAAAUUACCUUAUGCUUUAUCUUCACCUUCAGUUGCUUUGGGAGGUCAACAACAUAUACUUUUACCACCACCACCACCUACUGUUAUGACUUCAUUGGAUCGUCAUAGAGAACAACCAAGUGGUAGAAUUUCACCCCCUAUUUUCAUUUCUCAUCAAGAAAAGGAAAAAAAUCCACCUCUUUUGGCUCAACAACAAGGUGGAAAGGUGAUAGGAACGGGAGGAACGACGACUAUUCCUCCUCAAAAGGAAAGAAAACUUAGUUGUGUUGGUACACCAGAUUAUUUGGCACCAGAAAUUUUAUUGGGAAUUGGUCAUGGUAAAGCAGUUGAUUGGUUUGCAGUUGGUGUUAUACUUUACGAAUUUCUUACUGGAGUUCCACCUUUUAGUUCACAAACUGUAGAAGGUACAUUUCAAAACAUUCUACAAAGAAAGAUUAAAUGGACCAAUGAUAUGAGUGAUGAAGCUCGUGAUUUUAUUGACAAACUCUUGGCUCUUAAUCCUCAAUCACGUCUUGGUUACAAUGGUGCAGAGGAUGUCAAAGCUCACCCAUUCUUUAAAGAUAUCAAUUGGUCGACCAUUAGAACUCAAAAACCAUUUUUCGUACCAGUAUUGGAAGAUCUUCAAGAUACUAGUUAUUUUGAUGCUCGUAAACAAUUUUAUGAUCUUAGAAUAUCAGAUGACGAUCAUCAAUUAAAAAAGAAUCAACAACAACAACCAAGUUUAAAUUCAAGUGGUAAUACUAGUAAUGACUCGAAAUUUGAUGAUUUCCUUUAUGUCAAUUUUCAAAGUCUUUCAGAAUUAAAUCAUAAUUAUUUAAUUGAAACUAAUCCUUAUGUAAUAAGUAGAAGAAGAAAUUCUUUCUAA